AUGAAAAUUGAUGGCCCACAAAGACCUCCACUCCCAGAGACUAUCGCUUUGGCUAAAAGAAUAUUUCUCGCGAAUGUAACAAAUGCUGAGAAAUCUAUACUUGAUUUGGGCUCAAAAGCUGUGGAGAGAGACAUCGAAAAGAUAGCGACGGUUUUGAUUCGGUCGAGUCAACAGACGGAGGAGAACAUAGAGUCUCAGAGCAGAGCCCCGACCACAACCAUACAAGUGGCCAGACUUUCGAUCGACAGAACCGAUGGUUCGGCCGAAUCUAUAGUCAACGAUAUUAGUCGACAACAGAUUCUCGUCAAAUCGCAGUCCAAAUUGUGGUCUUCAGGAAGAAGUGAUCCAAAGAUGCGAUUCUUUCGUUUCCUAAUUCCCAUCAAAUUAGAGGACUUGAGGGACGGUUUGGCCGAAAGGGAUGUCUAUUCCGUUCAAUUGGAGUACAACUCCAGAGAGAUCUCAACUAAACUCAAUGACUGUGCCGACAAUUUCCGCUCGAAUGGCAUUAACUUUCUAUUGGAAGACAAUAACUUCGAUGUCUUCUACAGUUGUCUUAAAAACUUCAAUACAUUGGACGGCAAACAGAGAGACCAGACGUGGAAACUAUUGUCGAAAUGUAUGGAUAAGUUGUACACAGAAUUGGAGACAUUCGUGAACCGGACCGAAAUGGACGCCGAAGAGCGCAACAAUUACUGCAAUCUCUUAAAAAUGAUUGUUUAUGUGUUUUGCACUAUCAGUGAGUUGUUUGAAGAGCAGGACAUCAAACGCGCGGCAAAUAUUGAUUACGAAAAUAUCGGCAAAAAGACUAAUAAGAAGAGCAAACGGACGGAAGAGUCGUACGAUUGGCAGCACAACAAAGAGAGAGGCGUUAGUGUAUUGUUGCGAUUGCUUUCACUGCCAUUGCGUCGGGUCUUCAAUCCGCCCGUCGUUGAGGACGAGUUGAUUAAUGUUAUAACGAAGUCUUGUUAUAAAAUGAUUGAAAAUCCAUUGCUUUCGAGACAAAAAGAGUCCGGUUUUGCCUUAAAUUUGUUUCAUAUAAUCGGAACUUCUAUUGAAAAAUAUCGCCAGAGUUUGGGUUUUUGUUUAAAAUUAAUUCAAUUACUUCAACAUAAGGAGCAAUUGGUUUCAAUAUUAGCUCUUUUGGUGGAAACUGUUGUUAAGAAACACAACCAAAAGCUAUUGAUUAGUGAAAUAAUGCGCAAGCAGGACAUCAAACGCGCGGCAAAUAUUGAUUACGAAAAUAUCGGCAAAAAGACUAAUAAGAAGAGCAAACGGACGGAAGAGUCGUACGAUUGGCAGCACAACAAAGAGAGAGGCAUUAGUGUGUUGUUGCGAUUGCUUUCACUGCCAUUGCGUCGGGUCUUCAAUCCGCCCGUCGUUGAGGACGAGUUGAUUAAUGUUAUAACGAAGUCUUGUUAUAAAAUGAUUGAAAAUCCAUUGCUUUCGAGACAAAAAGAGUCCGGUUUUGCCUUAAAUUUAUUCCACAUAAUCGGAACUUCUAUUGAAAAAUAUCGCCAGAGUUUGGGUUUUUGUUUAAAAUUAAUUCAAUUACUUCAACAUAAGGAGCAAUUGGUUUCAAUAUUAGCUCUUUUGGUGGAAACUGUUGUUAAGAAACACAACCAAAAGCUAUUGAUUAGUGAAAUAAUGCGCAAGGAGCAAUUGGUUUCAAUAUUAGCUCUUUUGGUGGAAACUGUUGUUAAGAAACACAACCAAAAGCUAUUGAUUAGUGAAAUAAUGCGCGAAAUAAAGCGAAUAGACAUUAAAGAACUGUCCAAAGACUCGAGCGGUCCGAAAGCCAUCUCUUCAUUUCUGGUUGAAGUAUCCGAUAAGUGUCCGCAAGAGAUGUUACCAUCGAUUAGUGAUUUGCUUGACUUUCUUGAAGAGGACUCAUAUUUGAUGAGAAACGCAACGCUCAGUAUUAUUGGGAAUCUAGUCAUCAAAGAGUUGAGUAAAGAGGGUUCGAAAGAGCGUCAACUCAGAGACCAAUUGUUAGAUAAACUCGAAGACCACAUCCACGACAUCACCAGUUAUACAAGAAGUCGAGCGCUGAAUGUGUGGUGCACUCUAUGUCAGGCCGAAGCCAUACCACUUCCACGACUCGAGACUUUAAUAGAAGCCGUUAUCGGAAGACUUCGUGAUAAGUCUUGUUUUGUCCGCAAAUACGCGAUUCAAUUCUUGAAUCAAUUCUUAACUAAGAAUCCAUUCGCUGCUAAACUUCCGCUCGAAUUGCUUAAGACUUAUCACCGAAAAGAAGACGAAAAACUUAAAGCAUUAAUGCUUUUAUCGGAACAAAACGAGAAUCAAACGAGUGAUGAAAACACUAACGAUUUGCAGCAAUUGACGAACACUUGGAAUUCAAUUGAAUUAGAAUUCGUUGAGUUUUGGACAGAAAUCUUAAAGACUUCUGACGCGUCUUACGAUGAAGAGGGCGAUGACAUUGAAAACCAAACCAUUGUUUCCGAUUGCGAUGAUAUCGAACCCGUUUUCGAUAGAUUUCGCGCUUUGAUUACGGAAAAGAAGUUCAAAACCGGUCUCUCUUUGCUUAAGAAACUCAGAGAAGAAUUUCCAGACAAUGACAUCAUUACACAUAGAGAUGACGAGGAGAUGAAUGAAAGCGAUGACAAUGAGAACACCGACGAAGAGAUGGAUAGCGAAGACAAUCCUAAUAAUAAAUCAAAGAAUAAAAGGCAAGUUUUAUAUUGUUUUUAA